AUGGGCGACAUCGCGCAGGUGAAGGUCGUCUUCACGACCUCGGAGCAGGACCUGGUGCUCCCAGAGUCGAGACAACAACUCCUUGUCCCCGCUGGUAUGUUGGCAAUCAUAUCCCGAUAUGGCCUCUCCCGUAUCGUCAACUCCGAGUCUAUGCUCAACACCUCCUCCCCCGUCCCCCUCGACUUCCUCGCCAACGGCACCUUUCUGCGCACCUCUAUCGAAGAAUACCUCACGACCAACGGCCUCUCUUCGGAAUCUACCCUGGUCCUUCAGUACGUCCGCAGUCUGCUGCCCCCGGUCUACGAGGCAAGCUUCGAACAUGACGACUGGGUUGGCGGUGUGGAUGUCCUGUCGGCGACUUCUGCUGCCGGUAUCCUGGCCGGCGAUGCCAAUGUGCGAGAGAGAGUGGCUAGUGCGUCCUAUGAUGGCCUCGUGAGAGUCUGGAAUCCUUCUGGCGAUGCAAUUGCGAUAUCCAAGACUGGUGGCCACACCCAAAGAGUCAACGCUGUCAAGUGGGUGUCACAGAAGCAGCUCGUCUCGGCCGGAUUGGACCGAAAGGUCAUCGUCUGGGACUACAGCGAAUCUGAUGAUGGUUUCUCCGGCGCUCUCAAGUCCAACAUGGAGCUCUGGGGGCAUGAGAAGGAUAUUCUCAGCCUCGACGUCAACGGCGCUACCAAGCGAAUCCUCACAGCCUCUUCCGAUGGCCGCAUUGGUCUGUGGUCGUCUUCAAAACGCACCGCGCCCCAAGCCGACCCCGAGAGCUUGCCUUCAGCACACAGCACCAAGCGUGCUAAGAUCUCGAGCGCGGCCAACACCGCUCAGCGAGGCCCCCUUGCCAUGAUCUCCGUUCACGACGACCCUGUCACUGCUGCUAUUUUCCACCCCAACGACGCGACUGUGGCCUACUCAGCCUCAAAGGAUCACACCGUCAGGACUCUCGAUUUGACCACACAGCGCGAGGUUAGCCGGUUAACGACCAUGCACCCUAUCCUCUGCGCAACCGCCCUCCCAGGCUCCUCGCUGAUCGCCGCGGGUUCAUCCGCUCGACACAUCACGCUGCUGGACCCCCGUGAGUCCGCUUCUGCCACUUCAGCCAUGACGCUGCGCGGCCACGUCAACAUGGUCGUGUCGCUGGCGCCCUCGCCCGAGAACGAGCACUCGCUUGUAUCCGGCUCCCACGACAGCACAUGCCGAGUGUGGGACUUGCGCAGCGUGCGCAGGGGAACCUCUGAGGAAGGCAGCGGUAGCGUCAGCGAGCCCGUGUAUACCAUUGGCAGAGAGUGGCUCAAGGGCAAGAAGCUGCCGCCGUCAGGCGACGGUGCCAAGGUGUUGAGCGUGGUUUGGGACAAGACUUGGGGCAUCGUGAGCGGCGGCGAGGACAAAAAGGUUCAGAUCAACCGAGGAAGGGGUCUGCUAUCCGAAUAG